AUGGCUGUUUACGCAGCCGCCACCUCCGGAGCGACGGCCAGUGAGAUCGCCGACAGUAAAGAGACCAAGUCAAUACUCAUCACCUCCCCUCCAGUCCUGCAGUCACCUCUCUUAUCCUCCUCUUCCACGUCCAAACCUCCCAAAGCUACUCUUGAAACCGACCUCUCCUCUACAAGAAACCCCAAGACCUCCAGAACACUCAAUCGAGAAGCCUCUCAGGACCCAGUUCUGAUCCAAAUCCACUGA